AUGAGUAUGUCUGGCCAUGGAACACUCUCACAGUCGUCGUCUUCCCCCAGCCGUCAAGAUUCCAAUCCAGAUCUGCCAGACCCACGCACCACGCCGUGCACAGCCGUUAUCGUAGGCGUCCAACCGGACGAUCCACGCUUAACGCAUCCAACGGCACUAGAAGGUAUUCAGGGCAAAACCAAGCGUAAUACAUUUGCAUGCACCAACUGCCACUCCCAAAAAUCUAAAUGCGUGCCCUCCGACGUCAGCGACAUAUAUGGUAAACCUUGCCGUCGUUGCGCCAAGCGUCACAAGGCUUGUACGUUUGAUUUGUCUCGCAGGACCAGACGUCGAAGGCGCGAGAGCGACACCGCGACACCAGCAGAACUUACAAGAGCUCUCAACAUUCCAUUAUAUUCUCCACAAAAUAUGGAACUUCCACCACCCAGAAACUCUCCACCUUUUAAUCAAUCUGCUCUCCCAACAAUGCCAGCCAUGAGUGCGGCAAGUGUUACCAAUGUUACCAAUGUUCCCAAUGUUUCUUUCAAUGCAUCUAAUACUUUCUCUUCUAACCUGAACACCACGGGAUUCAUCCCUACACCUGAUUGGCCCCCAACUACUACCCGCUUGUCAAUCAUGCCCAAAUCCCCGAUGACCACAUCACGACCAUCAAAAGUUUCUGAACUUCUAGCUGAACCUGUGGGGCCACGCCGGUCCUUUCACACUUUGCAAAAAGAAUUACAAGUUUUACUAUCCUCUCAGCGACAAAAUCUUGAUGAAGUUUCGGAAAGGCUUACCGGUUUAUCCGAAAAAUGGAACGAAGUCAUAGAGAAUAGUGUUGGAAUUCCGCUAGCUUUAGACCCCAUUAGUUUGGGUAUUAUAAGUAAAGAUCAAGCCCAAUACAGGCUUGAUCUAUAUCGGUCCGAAAUAUCGAGCAAGUUCAGAUUACCAUUUGUUAAGAUACCUGCAAAUCAAACCUUGGACGAACUGCGACAAGAAGAGCCUAUAUUAUUCGUCACUAUUAUGUCCACUGUUUCGGCCAUGCUGCACAUUGAUCAAUCUAACGACGACCAAAAUAUGAAACUAGACAACUUCACAUUAGGCUUGAUUUCACACCAUAUGACGCGGUUAGGAAACAAGUCAUUGGAAUUACUGAAAUCUUUACUAACUUUGUGCUUAUGGUAUAAUUUUCCAGAGUGGUCUAAUAAGACGAGGUUUUACUUUUUCAAUUACAUUUGCUGUUGUCUCAUCAAAGACCUGGUUCCCGCGAGAAGGCCCCGCUUGUUUGCUAUGAUAAACAGUAAGAACGCUCCUUCCGAGGACGAGACUGCCGCCAUUGACGAAUUUUUACUGGAAAAUGAAAGUUACUCUAGGUUGGUUAUUCUCGUUUACGUGUCGGCGCUAAACAUAAACAUAUUUCUCCGCCAGCCCAUUCAAAACAGAUGGGGUAUUCUGCAAGAACGAGCAACCAAAACUAUGGCGCUUUUCGACGCAGGGCCGGUUUCCAGUUUCGAACUAGAAGAAAACGAAAUUUUGUUAACCUUUGCCAAAUUGAAUCGUAUCCUGGAAAUGAUCCACGUAAAAUUGCAUGAAGGUGAAGAAGACCCAAACGAAGUACAGGAAGGCCUCGCUCCCCCUUCUCAACUGUUGUUGGUACACAGAUUACAAUGCGAACUUCAAGAGAUAUACAAGAUAAUACCCCAGGAGCGUUCGCGAGCUCUAGCCUUUUACCACUCCGUCGAAGCCUAUUUACACGAGUGGCUGUUUUCAAAAUACAUGUCGAAACUUCCAGAUCAUUGGAUCGUCACCGAGUUACCCACAAUUGUUUCGGAAUCUUUUUGCAAGUUUACUCAAUCUUGCAUAAGCGCUAUGCAUGAGUUUCUCAAACUGUCGCCAGAGUUGAUCGCAUCUCUGCCGCUUUUCCACAUCUCUAGAGUUAUCUAUACUGUUGGAAUGUUACUCCUACGAGUGAGAUACACUACUGUUACAGUUCCAUCGUUUGCAUUUUUGAGGCCGAUCACUCAGCCCGCUGUUUCACUUAUUAAGGAAAUCUCACUGUCUUUAGACAAAAGCGCGGCUUUGUACCCGUACAACAAUUUCUUGUCAAAAUUGAGAUAUGUGGUGGCCUUAUUCGUACAGAUAUAUGCUAACAAGGUCAAAGCUUUUGUUGAAACCAAUAAAGAUGAUCUCGAUGGCUUAAACUCUGCAUACCCAUAUAGCCAAGCUGAUACAAUACCUGUUCCACACCAGAAUUCAGUUCCUAUGCUAUUGAAUCCAGUGUCACCACCAAGGGCAAACUCCUCCCUCAAUACUAUAUCCAUUCCACCCUUAGACGGCACAUAUUUUAGUGCCGAUGAUCCUGAUAAACUAAUCGAAGACCUGUCGUACCAGCUGGCAGACAUGACUUCACUGGAACAAGGGUUCAGCGCUGUAAGCGGUGAAUUUUGGACAGAUGUUUUCUUCGAUAAUAUGUAA